UGGUACUCUGGUUCUGCGUCUCUCUACCGAAUAGCUCUGUGCACACAGCGUCUAGCGUCCAGCGCUCUGAUUGGUCCUGGGAGCUCCAGAGCGACGCGACGCUUUGGGAAACAGUGGCGCAGAGAGAGACGAGCUGUAGCGUAGCCUAGGUACCAGCACCGGAGGAGACCGGAUAGAAAGUGAUGUGAUCUGAUACGGGUAGCUUCGUGAGGACUCGCGCUUACAAAGUGGGGAUCACUUCUCUGUUCUAUAUCAGUGUCGUCGUUUAGGCGGUGGCAUAGAAGCACGAUUGUCAAACGCGGACGUUCCUGCUGGAUUUAAAUUGAAAUCGGUGAGGCUGCAAGGAUGAUCGUAAGGAUAGAAAUGUAGACUGCUGUAUCCUACAACGCACGUUAACGGAAUGCAAAGGUUUGCAGGGAUUCCCUCUUCAGUUGACCUCUUAACCUCUCGUCACUCAUGAUGUCCGUCCACACACCCCAGCUCUCCCGCAGUGGCUCCUCCCCUUCUUCUGUAGGCUUGGCCAAUCGCAGCGGUCCCCCUGCCGCCCCUGCCGCCCCUCCCACCUCCCUCAGCCUGCGCUCCUCCUACAAUCAACUCCUGGGCCAUGACAUCAUAAAGGAGUCCCCUACCGCCAUGGAAACGGGGAGUUCCGCCACUUUACCCAAGAGUCGCCAUAGAUAUGCCAUGACCAGUGUGCAUAGCGCCAUGGGACUGAGCGGCAGACGCCUCCCCACCAAGUCCUCUUCAUCCUCUGCUCUCUACUCCUCCUCCUCUUCCUCAUUCUUCUCCACCAACCCCAAGCUGGCAAAGGAUGGUGCCAACCUGCAGCGGAAGGCCGAGACACAGCAACAGGAGCAGAGUAAAACCAACACAGAGGUCAAAGAGCAGGAUGACAUCAUCACCCCCAUACACAGCUCUGAUUGGAUGGAGGGGGAGAACUCACAGGACCCGCCUGCAUUCUGUCGGAGGACAAAGAGCUUUCUAGAGUUCCACGAAAAGGAAGAGGACCCACCCAGUGGAGGAAACAAAGAGGAAGACUCUCCUGGUGGAGGCAAUAAGGAAGAAGAUCUUCCCAGCAAGGAAGAGGAGGAAGAGGAUGAGAAGCACCCCUGCCCUGAGAAAGACCAGGUCAGCCCGGAUAAAGACAGAGAGAGAACGGAGGAGGAGAAACAGACCCCAAAACAGGAGGAUUACAAAGAGGAAGAGGAUGCCACUCCAACUGCUGCACAGCCUCUACUACAGGGGGUCCCCUCUCCCGCCAUCUCUCCCCUAAACAAUCUCAGCUGGGCCCAAGAGAACAAGAUCCAGAGUUGCCCCCCACUUCAGGGCAGAGAGGAGGCCCUAACCCAGGCCCAGGGUCACCCACACAGCGUUGAGACGCCCCCAAACUCCCCCGAAGUGCACAGGCUCCCCCGCCCAGAGUGA